ACACCAUGUGCUUCCUUCUUCUCAUUUAUUUCCUCUUAUCGGGUAACGUUGCGGAUGUUUUCACGGAGGACGCCGACUGUCAGGUUUACAACCAUCUGUAUGUCUGUUUGGAGAACAGCAGUUUUCUUCACAGCGUCGCUUUCGAGGAUGUUAACGCUGUUCAGACGAUUGAGGAUAUCGAGUUACAUCUGGAGAACCUUGGGAUCGUUAACAUCACCAGGAAUGCCUUCAUCGAGGUCAGCAACUCAUCCGCUCUCUAUGUCCGCGAUAAUCGGCUAUCGAGUAUCGACCGGCAUUACUUCGAUGCUCUCGAUCAGCUCACCUAUUUGGACUUGAAAAAUAAUACGAUCAUCAACGUAGAAGAUAGUGCUUUCGUAAGUUUAUGUAAUCUGGAGACUCUACUGCUGGAUUACAACAACAUCUCGGACUUGCGACCUGGCGUGUGGAAGGGUCUCUCGGAGUUGCAUGAGCUCUAUAUCACUAACAACCGACUCACGUUAAAGAGGAACAUGUUCAAGGGACUCGGACAGCUCGAAACACUGGUCCUGGAUUCGAAUGAUAUACCGGAGAUACCGAUCGGCACGUUCAAUGGGCUAUUCCAUAUAGACCUUCUCUAUCUGUCGCGCAACAAGAUCUCGACUUUGCACCCCGAUGUGUUCCGCGGUCUCAGCGAGAUAAACGAGCUUGACUUAGGUAGGAAUCGACUGAGAACAAUUCCUGCCAAUGUCUUUCGACACAUGAAGUCACUGAACUCGCUCUGGCUGAACGGCAAUCAGUUGACAGUGUUGAAGUCCGACACCUUUCAGGGUCUAGAUAAUUUACUGUUUCUUUUCUUGAACAACAAUGACCUCCGUUAUGUGGAUAUGGCAGCAUUCGUGCGAAUGAGAAACGUAACUGUGGAUCCCGGCUUCAAAGUACGCGGUUUGUUAGUGGAUGACUUUGGAAAAGUUCACGGUCAAUAUCAGUGCAAUAGCGUAGCGUAUCAGAUACCGUACGACUGUACAGAGAUUGAUUCAUAGAUCCAGAAACCGGCUAAAACUUAAAUUUUUAAAGGUUACGGUCAAGAGAAUCCUCCUCAUCCUUGUUACUGGAAAACUUCUCUGGAUUAUGGCUGGUAUGCACCGACAAUUCAUACAGUGCCGACGUUUUAUUAUCCCCAGAACCAUUCUUUCAGCAUCGAACUUGGUCACGCCGGGAUGUAUCGAAAUUGUUCUCUCAAUACAGAACUCGACAAGUCGUUAUUUUAAAUUCUAUGUCAUGUGACUUGUUUAUCUUUAAUGUGUAUAUGUGAUGAUAAUAAUUAUAAAAUAUGUAGUACACGAUUUAAAUAUUAAUCAAUAUUUUUGUUUUCUUUAUGCGUACAUUAUUUUAUCUUUUUUAUUUUUGUAGAAAUUAUUAACACGUGUACUCACUAUUUUAGACUCGUAUAUAUGAAAAUAAAAAUUGAUUAAUGCUAAUAACA